CCCUCCCUCCCUCCCCGUGUUUUCGCUAGGUUUGUGGCUGCUCUCCCGUUCCCUCCGCCGCCGCCCUGCCCUGACCUCGACGCGCCGCCCUGUCCCUCCGCUCGCACCGUCGUGGCGCCACUGCGUCAGGUUUAUUCCAUCGCAUCGCGCGCUGCCAGCGCGGCGCGGCACCCGUCGUCGUCCCUUCCUCCUUGGCGAACGGAAACAAAGCGCGAACGACAAGAUCUGGGGGGUACGGCGGCGCCGGCCGACAUCCACCCGCUGGCUGCUGCUACCAGUGGGCUAGCUAAUAUAUACCGCCAGAUCCCCCGGCUCCCUGCCGCGUGCGCGUCGGUGCCCAUCCACGGACCUGACCCUCCUCCAGCUACCAGCUCACUCCCACUCCACUCGACCGCGCGCUCCAAGGUAAGCAAAGCGACCACGGUCGUCGGCACGGCCGGAUCCCUGGUCUCACGGAAUUUAAGAUUGCUUUGCGCGCAGCUUCUGCUUGUUGGAUCGGAUUGGAUCUCGUAGCUCUUGUUGUUAUAGGUCGGUUGGGUUCCUUGGACACUCGCCAGGGAGGCGCCGCCAGCAUGAAGUACAGCAAGGAGGACAAGCCCGAGCGGGCGGCGGGCGGCGCCGGCGCGGGGGGCAGGGCGGUGCCGGUGGCGCUCCUCGUCAUCGUGCUCUGCGCCUUCUCCUUCUACCUCGGCGGCGUCUACAGCACGGGCCGCAGCCUGCUGGAUUCCAUCCAGCCGGCGCCGACUCUCCUCGCCCUCGGCACCACCGCCGCCCAGCAAUCCUCAGCCCUGGCCCUGCCAGCGCCGUCCACCGCCGCUGCCGCCGUGUCGUUCCCCGAGUGCCCCGCCGACUUCCAGGACUACACCCCCUGCACCGACCCCCGGCGCUGGCGGCGCUACGGCAACUACCGCCUCAGCUUCAUGGAGCGCCACUGCCCGCCGCCGCCGGAGCGCCAGCAGUGCCUCGUCCCGCCGCCCAAGGGGUACAAGCCGCCCAUCCGCUGGCCCAAGAGCAAGGACCAGUGCUGGUACCGCAACGUCCCCUACGACUGGAUCAACAGCCAGAAGUCCAACCAGCACUGGCUCGCCAAGGACGGCGACCGCUUCCGCUUCCCCGGCGGCGGCACCAUGUUCCCCAACGGCGUCGGCGUCUACGUCGACGCCAUGCGCGCGCUCAUCCCGGGGAUGCGCGACGGCACCGUCCGCACCGCGCUCGACACCGGCUGCGGCGUCGCCAGCUGGGGCGGCGACCUCCUCGCCCGCGGCAUCCUCGCCGUCUCCCUCGCGCCGCGGGACAACCACGAGGCGCAGGUGCAGUUCGCUCUAGAGCGCGGCAUCCCGGCCAUCCUCGGCAUCAUCUCCACGCAGCGCCUCCCCUUCCCCUCGGCAGCCUUCGACAUGGCGCACUGUUCGCGCUGCCUCAUCCCCUGGACCGAGUUCGGCGGCCUCUACCUCCUCGAGAUCCACCGCCUCCUCCGCCCCGGCGGCUUCUGGGUGCUCUCCGGCCCGCCCAUCAACUACGAGAACCGCUGGCACGGCUGGAACACCACCGCGCAGGCGCAGAAGGCCGACCUCGACCGCCUCAAGAAGAUGCUCGCCGCCAUGUGCUUCAAGCUCUACAACAUCAAGGGCGACAUCGCCGUCUGGCAGAAGUCGCCCGACGCCGCCGCCUGCUACGACAAGCUCACGCCCAUCACCACGCCGCCCAAGUGCGACGACAGCGUCGACCCGGACGCCGCCUGGUACGUGCCCAUGCGGCCCUGCGUCACCGCCCCCAGCGCCAGGUACAAGAAGCUGGGGCUCAACGCCACGCCCAAGUGGCCGCAGCGGCUCGCCGUCGCGCCGGAGCGCAUCAACGUCGUCCCCGGCAGCAGCGCCGGCACCUUCAAGCAGGACGACGCCAGGUGGAAGCUCAGGGCCAAGCACUACAAGACGCUGCUGCCGGCGCUCGGGACCGACAAGAUCAGGAACGUCAUGGACAUGAACACGGUCUAUGGGGGAUUCGCGGCCAGCAUCAUCAAGGACCCCGUCUGGGUCAUGAACGUCGUCUCCUCCUACGGGCCCAACUCGCUCGGCGUCGUCUACGACAGAGGCCUCAUCGGCGUCAACCACGACUGGUGUGAGGCAUUCUCGACAUACCCACGCACCUAUGAUCUUUUGCAUCUUGAUGGCCUGUUCACUGCAGAGUCUCACAGUUUUAUAGGUACGGAGGGAGUACUUGAUAACAUCACUAAUUGCAGGUGCGAGAUGAAGUUUGUACUUCUUGAGAUGGACCGCAUCCUUCGCCCCACCGGUUAUGCGAUAAUCAGGGAGAGCACCUACUUCCUGGAUUCUGUAGCAGCCAUUGCCAAAGGAAUGAGAUGGAGCUGUGAGAGGCGUAACCCUGAAAACAAGGAUGACAAGGACAAGAUCCUAAUCUGCCAGAAGAAGCUUUGGGCAGGAAAGCAGUGAGAGGGAAUUGCUUGAUCCAAGUAUAAAAAGAAAGAAUUCUUAACCCGGAUGGGUGCUAUGUUGAUCCCCUCGAUGGUAUACGGCUCAAAUGUGCUGUGAUCUCAGCCACCUAGGCAAAGGCGCUUCACCAUCCGGUACACAUGAAACAUGAACACUCUGAUGUACAAGAAUGUUCAAAGUUAAGAUAAAUAAGAGUAAACCUCCGUAUAGGAUCCAAAAGUUAGUACUAUUUGCCAUUGAUCACACAGUUAAUUCUUUUUUUGUACGAACAGUUUGGGGUGGGUGGUUGAUACCAAGAGCAACUGUAAGUUACUCCACAGUCCACACUACAUGUGUUCAUUUGUACAACAUAUAGCUUGGUGCUGUCAUUGUAAUAGAGUGCCAUAUUUAUUUAAACAUUUAUGGAGCAAGAUACUACUCAUGUGCCA